AUGGCAGCGAGCGUGCGCCUGGGAGAGGUGACCAUGUCCCCACGAUGCAGCACCCUGGACCCCGCAGCUCAGGGUGCUGUCAGUACCCCCGGAUUCAAACACUGCUUCCAGCUUCCGAAUGUGGAAGAAAUCCCAGAAAUCCCCGGAUCGGUUGCCCCUUCCCCUGGCUGGGUGGUCGGUGGGGACGUCCUCGCCAGGCCAGCACGCCGACGGCAGCCGGGAGAGCUGGCCACAGAGACUGGCGCUGCGUUGGAGCUCUGCAGCGGCUGUAGCGGGCGCACCGUCGAUGGUGACAGCUUGUUGGCGUUUCCUGAGGUGAGCAGUCAGUCAGACCCGUGUCCUCGGAGUCAGUCGGACCCGUGCCGGGCCGGCACCCGGAGGGGAGAAGACUGGUUUGAAAAGGCCACUGUUGGUGUAUCCCAUAAUCUGACUCUGCGACGUGUGCGGCUGCGUUCUUCCAUGUUACGGAGAUGCGGCUCCGGGAGGUGGCUCUGCGGGGAGGGACCUGGGACGGGACGCCGAAAGGGGGAGCGAUUUGGGAUGCCGAAAGGAGGAGGGAUCCCAGGCAGUGCUGGCCGUCGGGAAAGCAUCCGUGUGUUUGGUGUGGGAAGGGGCUGGGGUCUGUCCAGCCCUGGUUCUUCAGUCUCCGCGGGGGAGAUGACACCCCCGGGAGAGGAGCACCGCGAUGGUGCAGCGAUGGGUUCCCUGUCGUCGUCAUCUCUCGGUGGUGGCUCAUGGCAAGUGCCUGUAAAAGACUGGAACAAGGGGGAGAAGGAGCAGGUCCCUGUUCCUGUUUACCACCCGACUCCUAGCCAGACUCGGCUGGCCACGCAGCUGACGGAGGAGGAGCAGAUCAGAAUAGCGCAGAGGAUAGGCCUUAUUCAGCAUCUACCUAAGGGCGUCUACGAUCCGGGAAGAGACGGCUCCGAGAAGAAGAUCAGAGAAUGUGUCAUUUGUAUGAUGGACUUUGUUUAUGGGGACCCUAUCCGAUUUCUGCCGUGCAUGCACAUUUACCACCUGGACUGUAUAGAUGACUGGUUGAUGAGAUCCUUUACCUGUCCCUCCUGCAUGGAGCCAGUGGAUGCAGCACUGCUGUCGUCAUAUGAGACUAACUGAGCCAGGGUUUCUCCACUCGACCUUCGAGGAGACCAUCCACUUUAAUGGGUUUGAUCCUUUUGUCAUUCAGCCCAAAGAGCCAGGAAUUAGGAAUUAAGAUCAUGCACAAAGUAUACAUUUCCUAAUAAAUGAAUAAAAAAUAUUCCUGAAUGGCUGCAAAUAUUGGAAAAAAACAUAGUAUUUUAGAGACUAUAGAAAAAGUAGGUUGUUAUUUUUAAUGUAAAGCCUUGACCCACCAUUGUCUUUUAAUGUUUGUUCUUACACCCAUAUAUAGGAAUCGUGUAAAGUGUUACAGCAACUGUAAAUGUUUAAACUGCGUGUAUCCAAUUUUAUUAGCAGCAAGGUAGGAGUAUUUUUUUCCUAAAUAAAGUAACCAGUUUUGUUCUGAUUCUUUUCACAAGUCCUGGCAUUUGGGUCAAGGCUUUAUUGAAAUCGACAUUUUAUAACACUGGCACAAAGAAAUAGUUUUAAGCUUGUUUGCACAGUUCUUUUUCCUUUUUUUUUUUUUCCAUUGGAGAUGGAAUUCAUUGCCUUAGGUCUUUUUAAUAGUGUAUUGUUAUUGUUGGGCUGGCUCUAUGCUUGAAAACCAGUUUAUUUAUAACCUGUUAAAAGUGCUAUAUUUUGUUUGCAGUUAGGAAUAUGCAGACUUCAAAGUGAUCUCCUAGCUUGUAAGCAAACUGAGAUGCAUUAUCCCUUUUCUACAAGUGAUGCGGAAUAGGAAGAUACGAAACAAGUCCUACAGUGAAAUUAUGGUUUCAUGGUUUUUAUAACUUGCUUCGGUUUUGAUGAAACAACAGUCCUUAAACUUUGUCACCUUUAACUUGAUUGGGUUAAAAGUGGGCCAGACGGACAACAAAUAGUUAAGCUACCAUGACUGGAAAAAAAUAUUUGGAACUAAGGUAGUGUUAGCGUUGAUCACUUACUCUACUUUUUUCUCCCUAAAAAUGGUUGUCUCUGAUCUUAGCAAAUGGAUACUGCAUCUCUCGUUCUUGUAGUUCUUAGGUUAUCAGAAGCUAAGAAUAAACAUACUGUAUCUCAGU